CUUUUGAUUCUGUCGUCAUUUCCGGUGCAUCAGUGUGAGCUGCUCAGCUCCCUGCCGGAGUGCCGCCGAGCACAGCGGCCGAACACAGCUGAUGAACGAGCAUAACCGUGUGAUGUAAAGCGAUGCCCGCUCGGCCACCAUGGCCAGUGUCACGCUCAGGUACUUCUGCUACGGGUGCCUGGUCACCUCUGCCACCUGGUCCGUCAUCCUUUUUCUCUACUUUACCAUGGCGGCUGAGCCGGGCCACGGCAGGACCCCUGUUGGGCCUCGCCACCAGGAGCUUGUACAGCGGAAGGCGGGGAGGCGUGCUUUGCCGGGAGAUGCCGGGGCGGAGAUAUCACCGGAGAUGGGUAUGAUCUUCAACGAGGCCGACCAGGAGGUGAGAGACAGCGGCUACCAUCAACAUGCCUUUAAUGUGCUCAUCUCGCAGCGCUUGGGUCCACACCGCCAGCUCCCCGACACCAGAGAUGGGCGGUGUCGUGAUGAGACAUACACUCAGAGUCUACCGUCCGCCAGCGUGGUCAUCUGCUUCUUCAAUGAGGCGCUCUCCGCCCUCACCAGGACCAUUCACAGCGUGUUGGACCGCACCCCUGCCUACCUGCUGCAUGAGAUCAUCCUGGUGGACGACCAUAGCGAGCUUGAGGAGCUGAAGGCUGAGCUGGAUGGUUACAUCCGAGACGAGUUGAAAGGGAACGUCAAACUGGUGAGGAACGAGAAGAGGGAAGGACUCAUCCGAGGACGCAUGAUAGGAGCCUCACAUGCCACAGGUGAGGUCCUGGUGUUUCUGGACAGCCACUGCGAGGUCAACCAGGCAUGGCUGCAGCCUCUGUUAGCACCAAUCCAGGCGGACCGUCACACGGUGGUGUGUCCUGUCAUCGACAUCAUCUCAGCCGACACGCUGGCCUACUCUCCCUCCCCAAUCGUCAGGGGCGGCUUCAACUGGGGACUGCACUUCAAGUGGGACCCUGUUCCCGCCACCCACCUGGCCGGGCCACGGGGUGCCAUCACCCCCAUCAGGUCUCCUACCAUGGCGGGCGGUCUAUUUGCAAUGGACAGGAAGUACUUCAAUGAGCUGGGCCAGUACGACGCCGGCAUGGACAUAUGGGGCGGAGAGAACCUGGAGAUCUCAUUUAGGAUUUGGAUGUGCGGCGGGCAGCUGCUUAUCAUCCCAUGCUCCAGAGUGGGUCACAUCUUCAGGAAGAGGCGACCUUACGGCUCUCCGGGGGGGCAUGACACCAUGGCCCAUAAUUCCCUGCGCCUUGCUCACGUCUGGAUGGAUGAGUACAAGGAGCAGUUCCUGUCCCUCCGUCCCGAGCUACGCCAGCGCGGCUACGGUGACAUCAGCGAGCGUGUGGCCUUGAGGCAGCGUCUUCAGUGCCAGUCCUUCCGCUGGUACCUGGACAACGUCUACCCCGAGAUCAACAACAAGCAGCCGCAGCAGCUGCUGAGCAACAAAAGCCUGCGACGCCCCCGAGUCCUGCUGCGAGGACGGCUUCAUAACCUAGCAACUGGGCGUUGCUUGGUGGCCCAGGGUCGAGCCAGCCAGAAGGGCGGCGCUGUUGUGCUAAGACCAUGUGACCCCAGUGACCGUGAACAGGAGUGGGCCUAUGACGAGGAGGGUCAGCUGGUUUUGGCAGGUCUUCUGUGUCUGGACGUGUCAGAGGUCAGGACCUUUGACCCACCCAGGCUGAUGAAGUGUCACGGCUCGGGAGGGUCGCAGCAGUGGAGCCUGGGGAAGUCAGAGCGAGUAUACCAGGUGUCGGUAGGGCAAUGUCUCUCUGCCGUGCAGCCGCUGGGACCCAAAGGCUACGUUUCCAUGGCGAUAUGUGACGCCUCACAGGCGCAACAGUGGAAGCUGGAGGGUGCAGCUUGAAGUCACAUGACAAAGACAAUCAUCUCAAAAGAUUUUUUUUUAGUGUGAUUUUAAUCUCACGACUUUUUUUUUUUUUUUUUAAAGACAAACCCUCUGGAAGGUUUUACGGAGGUCAAAAGGUCACAAUCAAAGAGUAUCCCUUUGAUCACGGCAGACUUUAUAUCCUUGUUUAUUGGAUAUUUUAAACUUGUAAAUAAAGUUUCCUCUUUGAACUGUGA